AUGGACGAGGUGGAGUAUGACAUCACCAAAGCUCGGCAGAAGAAGACCAAGGUGGGCUCCUUCCGAAUCAACCCUGACGGGACGCAGGAGAGGAGAAAGGUCCCCCUGGCCCAGUCCGAGGCAUUCCUGACGGACCUUCUGGAUAAAGUGUGUGAGCGAAUGAACGAUUACCAGCUAGAGGAAGACCCGGUAACUAAAAAGAAAACUUUCAAGAGAUACGCGCCAAGGAAAGGAGAAAAAAUAUACAAAGAAUAUAAAAAGUUCUAUUUUUAUUCUGAUGCCUACAGACCUUUGAAAUUUGCGUGCGAAACCAUAAUAGAAGAGUACGAAGAUGAAAUACUCUCACUUAUCGCCCAGGAGGCACACUCUCUAGCUGACAAGCUGUGCAGUGAGGAAUCAGGUAUUUGUGGAACUUCUGCUAAUCAUACAGAACUCUAGGCAUGACAUAACCACUGGUAGAGAAGAGCAGAGUCCCAGUAAAAGGUCAAUGUCUGCGUUCGUGUCUGCAUGUCUCUCGUGCUGAGAAGUUUCGUCUUGUUCGUACCGUGCUUGAUUUUGCUUUGAAAAUCUGUUGUUUGGCAUCAUGACAAACCCAAGUCUUCUUGUAGGUGAAGCUGAGGACUUCAGAAAACCUCAAUUCCUUGCAGAUCUGCAUGCAACAACCUUGGCAAUAAAGCAUUAGAUCUGGCUAUGGGAAAGAACUGAGGCCACUUCAUAAACUAAAAAGGGAUUUAAUGAUCUCUACUGUGAUUUCUAGUAAAUGCAUGCACACAUAGACAGGCACAGUAUGCUAUUUGGUAAGAACUUGGUUUCUCAAAUACUUGAUUGGCAACAAAUUUAGGGAAACCUAUUGCAAACUUACCUAAAAUUUGAUAUUCUGGAGGGUUCCAUAUGGUGUUCAAAGGAACAAACCCACUUUUAUCAUGAAUGAAAUUUUAAUGUCUAGAAAUACAUUUUAAAACAUUGGCUCUAAAAUUUAAUGGAAUGCAAAAAAAUGUAUACUUUUUAUAGUGAAUGGUUAUUACAUUGGUCUCUCUUGACCAUGUAUUCUGAGUCCAAAUGGCUUGAAAAGUGCACAUAUGAUGACAUCGUGUAUUUAAAGAUGGUGCAGUGACCAUGCCUCGUGCUGUGGACUCUCCCAGGCUUCAUUCCUCAGGCUUCUCUGCUAACAUUCAGAGUGUGGCUUUUACUACGGGACAUCCCACCAUUCUCCUGCCAGGGAUCCUUUUGUUUGGCGGUGUGGAGAUGGAAGGGUGGUGGGAUGUGGUGGGAAGUUACCUUUGACUGAAUUUGAUAUAACACAAAAUGUAAUGUUCUUGGGUAUUUUGUUGUCCCUGUUAAAUCUACCUUCACUGGAAUCCAACUUUAUUCUGCCUGUUAGGGUGUAAUCUACACCUGUUUUAGUCAAUAAAUCCUCAUGGUUGUCAGUGAGAA